AGUCUUCUGCUGAUCUUGGAUCAAGGGUAUAGGUUUGGUCGUAGAUAAUGUGGGCGCUUCAGUGACUAUUUCAAAUUUCCCGAACCACAUCAGAAUGCAAGAGCUUAGCAGAUGGCCAAUAUUCAGCCUUCUGGACGAAGAAUUUUUAACUUCUCUUAAAAUAGCGUACGUGUUUGGAAAUGCAGGGAACGAAGCCAUCGUUGUUACAAGAGAUGAUGAUGUUUAUGCUUUAGGAUCAAACGGGAGCAGUUGUCUAGGUGUCGGUGAUGCCCAAAGUUGCCUUCACCCAAGGAAGGUGGAGGCAUUGUGUAAGAAAAAUAUAGUGUCCUUGGCUUGCGGCAGUGGUCCUCAUGUGCUUGCAGUUUCAGGUACGUAUGACCCAGAUUGCUUUUCCUGACCAUCUAUAAAGGAAAAGUAGCAAGUCUUCUACCCAUCCUUAUACAUUUAUUAUGCAACCAUACGUGCUUCAACUAUUUGUGUAGGUAGUUAGGUAGCAACUUUUAAUGAGGGUAACACGUGACAGUAAACAGUGAUGAACUAGUGGCCCUCAAAAGUGUCAGUGACAAAAGCUUGAGAUAAUGUAUGCAUCAUAUUGCUGGUUUGCACGUGAUGUCACAACAGCCAUGUUGGUAGUCAAGAACAAAAGCUUCCCUCUCCUCUGGGAACUUAACUCUAUUUUCAUGUAAAUUCUUUGAGAAAAAAUUAUGUUGUUUUGACCCCCAAUGUGGCUGCCUUGUCACGUGGUUGCAAACCAAGAAUAGGCAUGAGUCUGUACAGACCUACAGUGUACCCUUAUUUUGCUCUCAUCAGUUAGAGAUCAAAAGCUAGGUGAACGUGUAACUCAAUAUCUGGAUGCAACCAGUUACCUGCUGUGCAGCCAUUAUUUAGCCUGCCACUUCUCGCUGAAAUAUGUCAAAUAAUAUGAUAGCUUUAUGCCUUUGUCAUAUCACAGAGGAGUGUAGUGUGACCUGAUCUCCUUUGCAGCCACUCAGGUCAGAGUCAUGCAGUGUUUCCCCUCCCAAAACAAUGAGAGAUAAAUGUAUGUUGGUUCAAAGCAGCUGUGUGGCCAGUAAGUUCCGACAAAUGUAAAACACCCAAAAUACUUUUUUUUAUGUUUAAAAGGAUCAGGUGAAGUGUACACAUGGGGUCAUAAUGGCUACAGUCAGCUUGGAAAUGGGAAUUCAAAUCAAGGGUUAAUACCCUCACCUCUAACAUCAGCAUUACAAUUGAAGCAGGUUGUUCAAGUGGCUUGUGGCAGUCAUCACUCAUUAUCCCUGACAGGUGAUGGCGAGGUAAUUUCAUUUUUUAUGGUAAUCUUAAAAUAUUUCACUGCGGCAGGAUUACAUAACCAUGGCAGGAUUAGCUGACUGCGCCAGGAUUAGCUCAGUCAGUAAUUCAGUAGAGUGCUUGACUGCAGAACAGUAGGUUGUGGGUUCAAUUCCCAGGGGCCAGAACAAUACUCAGGGUCUAAAUGUAACUGAGAAAUAAAGGUACUGUCUUUGCACCGCAAGCGGCUAGACCUUCGCGUGACACAGAUGACCACAUAAAGUGGUAGUACCAUCUCCAGACCCUUGGAGACCUAAAAAUAGUGUCCCCAAUAUAUUAGUACUUUUGUGCAAAAUAUGUUGGUACUCAAAUAGAAAAGUGCAUUUUUUAAGGACCUUUCUGGAGCUUACUCAGUUAUGCCAACUUUCCCAGAUAUAGCACCGAUCUCCCGUUUCUCCUGACUUUUGAGUAUUUCUGUACUUUAGUUUGAAAUUUAGCCCAUUUUUUCCAAAAUAGUACAUUUUCUAGGCCAUUUUUGCACAUAUUUAGUCACUGACAAAGACUAUUUUCAUCAUUACAAUGAUGAAUGCAAAUUCUGAUUGUAUGCACCUCACGUAAGACUUCAUAUAAUAUCCUAAGCCAUUCCAUGACCGUCAUAAUUUGGGGGCUGGGUCGAUUUGUUGGGAAGGCUGUGGUGAGGUUUGUUGAAAUUCGGGGGGGGGGGGGGGGGAGGUUGCAGUGCAAGAGAUAGAGACUGUCUCUUCAUUCAGGGGGGCGGGGGUAGGGCAAGAGAUAGAGUCUCUAGAUUUAAGAUCUCCAGAGAUUCUGACUGUCUUGAAUAUUCUGGCUGAUUCGCACACUAUUGAGGAAUUUUUGACCCCUCAUGUUUUUAUUUCUGUACUUUAGUUUGAAAUUUAGCCCAUUUUUUCCAAAAUAGUACAUUUUCUAGGCCAUUUUUGCACAUAUUUAGUCACUGACAAAGACUAUUUUCGUCAUUACAAUGAUGAAUGCAAAUUCUGAUUGUAUGCACCUCACGUAAGACUUCAUAUAAUGUCCUAAGCCAUUCCAUGACCGUCAUAAUUUGGGGGCUGGGUCGAUUUGUUGGGAAGGCUGUGGUGAGUUUUGUUGAAAUUCGGGGGGUGGGGGGUGGGGGGAGGUUGCAGUGCAAGAGAUAGAGACUGUCUCUUCAUUCAGGGGGGUGGGGGUAGUGCAAGAGAUAGAGUCUCUAGAUUUAAGAUCUCCAGAGAUUCUGACUGUCUUGAAUAUUCUGGCUGAUUCGCACACUAUUGAGGAAUUUUUGACCCCUCAUGUUUUUCAUAGGUUUAUGCUUGGGGUUACAACAACUGUGGACAAAUUGGUCUUGGAACUACAAACAAUCAGACUGUACCCAGAAGAAUCAACUCAGCAAUAAUAGGUGUGAUAAAAGAAAGUAUAUUGUUUACAAGUUUACAUGUUUAUUCUCAAGAUCAAGUAUGUACAAUUAACAAGAACAAUUUGCACUACAUGUAUAUGUUGCGAUCAUCAAUAGUCAAGCCUUUUGUAGGUCAAUAAAGAUGCCACAUUCAUGAGAAAAGGUUUUUAUCCAUGUAUCAGUUUAUUUAGUUUCUUUAGUUAAGGUAGGAUUGAGAAUUAAACCGUCUUAUUUUAACAAAAAUUAACACUGUUCUUGAUAAUUAUACAAACAUGUGACAAACAAAUACAAAUGUACGGGUAGUUUUAAGUGUCGUUCUCUUGAAGAUAACCAGUUUUUAAGUUUUCUUCUUCUCUGGAUCAUUUGAUUUUAAUGCUAAACUGCCACGCUAAUGUUUUCCUUUGAGCAUUUCAUUAAGAUAUCUGCUCAUUAAAUCUUUUUUUAUUAUUUUUCUAAAGGAAGCAAAAAGAUAAGCAUGAUUGCUUGCGGUCAGACAUCGUCCAUGGCUUUGUCAGAUGCAGGGGAGGUAAGAACUGCAAACAAAAAUACAGUUGAACCUCCACAUCUGACCACCUACUAUAAGUGAGCACCUGUUCAAAACACCUAAAUUUUUCCAGUCAAAGCCCCAUGAUAAGCGACUGCAACUACAUUUUGGAUAAACUGCAAGUAGUCCGCCUUUUCUAUUAAGAUCCGUCGGGUUCUCAGACAAAAUGAGUAUGUUGGCUCUGAAAACGCUUUACCCCAGUGACUUUGAAGAAAAUAAAAGUUCUUCCUCUCCCAGCUUAUGCCCUCGUUUCUCAUGGUUCACGGCUUCGCUGCUCACGCGUCUUACCGUAGCAACUUUGAAGACAGUAAGAGGUUGCUUGAGUCUACAUUUUGGACUGAUCGCGAUGGUUUUAUAAAAUUUCCAUUGCUUUUAACCUUUCGUAAGAGACCAAUUGACGUAUGGUGUGAUCUUUUUGUUCACUGUAGUAUGUUUUGCGUCACUCAGAGUAUAUGACGAACUUUCCAUGACAAAAAGUAGAUGCGUCGGAACCUUUUGUCGGAAGAGACCACCUGUGGGUUGAUUCUUGUAAGCGACCACCUCCUGUUAGCAGACACUAAAUCUUCGCAUUGUGUGUAGUCGCGUAUGGGAGGUUGAGCUGUAUGUAUGAGUGUGAAUGAGUAAUUGUGUAUUUGUACGUUUUUGUGGAUCACAAGUUGAAGUAAAAGGGCUAUGAAUUUAACUUUUACAGGGUUACAACAACUCCUAAUGCAAAAGCAUUAUUGUAACUUUUAUUAAAUAAGGUGGGAAAAGGAGGUCUGGUAAGUCUGAAAACCUAAAGUGAAAGAAAAUUGGCCGGCAACCAUGUACAUGUAACUAUUUUUUGGAAAUGGUGCGGUUAUAUCUAACUCUCGGCUUAAAUUUCAUGUUCUUGUUCGGUUUUAGGUAUGGCGAUGGUAAUGCAAUCUAUUGAUAUUAAAGUGGUCCUUUGGACCGUGGGAACUUUGUAGUAUGAGGCAACUAAUGUUAAUGCUACCCCACCCGUCACUGCGCAGAUUGGGUUAGUGACACGUCAUCAGUAUGGAUUUUCUGCGCUCAUUCCUCAGACAUCAAUUCGCAAGAAAACGAGAGGCAUCGUGAAAUGUUGGGUGUUUUCAGAGGCUGCCUUCGACCUGGACAAAUUCUUAACUUGCUAAGAUUAGCAACGAUAGUGGUUUUUGUUUUUCAGCUUUUUGCGUGGGGCUACAAUGGAAAUGGACAGUUAGGAGUUGGGAACAAUGCAAAUCAGCUGACACCUUGUAAAGUCAUUGGACUUGUUGGAACAAUCACCACACAAGUAAGAACAUCCUAAAAAAUAUUCGUGUAAGGGAAAAUGAAAUGAAAAACAUUCAUACACGCCAAGUAACCCUAAAAAAUUUUCAUGCACUUGUCUAAAAAAUUCAUAAAAGGGAAAUCUUAACGGAAAAAAAUUCGUGCGGCUAGAAACUUCCCCACCCCCAUAACUUUUUUUUUUAAAGCAACGUUAAGAUUAGCUAAAAACAAAUUUGCAGGUGCAUCACGCUUUUUUAUACAUUUCUUUACCGACCGUGACGUGCAACGUCUAAUUUCACGGUUUACCGAGGACGUGAACACAAGACAACGACUUUCUCUUUCUUUUUCUACACCUAAAGUCCUUUAGAAUUUAUCUCCAGAGAAACCCACCAAAAUGUGACACCAUGAAAGAGACGGAACACGAGUGAUGAAGUUUGAACCGCGCGAAUUCACGGUUUUUAAAACCCCAUUUACACGCGCUAAAAAAAUCGACACGGCACGCCAAAUUUUUGGCACAGUGCCUCGUUAUGGGCACGGCUCUGAAGGAGGCCCUCCCUCAGAGCCGUGGGGAUUUUAAAACUCAUGACCACGGUGUAAUGUAAACUCUGGCUAUGCAAAUGUGCAGCUUUUAACCCUCACGGCACGGAAUUUUAGCAGUGCACGGUUUCAAAAAUUUGGCGUGCCGUGCCGAUUUUUUUAGCGCGUGUAAAUGGGGUUUCAGUAACGUUUUCGGCACCGCCAACUUACUGAGUCUCAAUUCGACUAUUUUUUAUCGUUAAGUUCCAAUAGUAACGACCCUCGUUGCUUUCGGAUUUAGCACCGUUCUGCUAUCGCUACUCUCGAGGGGUUGUUACUUUUGGAUGGCCAAAACGUGUACUCCACGUAGGCAUUUCAAAAAAUAAAAUGGCAAAAAAUGUGAAAGGAAUACUUUUUGAAAAAAGGUAAUAUAUAUCCUGUACUUAAAAGAGUUUUGAAUAAGAAUGUCAAAACAAUCAUUAUUACUAAACCUCGGAUCAGUGUUCAGGGUAUCUAUCAUACCCGUUAUUUUUGCAAAAAGGGAAAUUUGUUUUGAGGUCUCUACUUUCGGAGGGUCGUUAUUUUCGGGGGAAUCGCUACUUUCGGGAUUUGCUAACCCAAUAAUAUUUUAUGGCGCUUAACUUUCGGAACUUUACGGUAUAAAGGUCACUCUUUUUCCCAUUUACGUCUGUAGAUUGUUUGUGGCUAUGCACAUUCCCUAGCGUUAUCAGACGCAGGAUGUCUCUAUGCUUGGGGUGCAAACUCAUAUGGACAGUUAGGGACUGGGAAUAAGGCACAUCUGGUGACACCAACUAAAAUUGGUCUGGACAAAGGGAGGUAAGAAAAUUUUUGUUCCUUGUGGUGGCAUGCACUUGCUUUUUAACUCUAUGAAGACCCAAUCUCGUUGCUCAUAUGAAAAAAAAAAUCAAUAAAUUGGUUUUAUUAGAAUGGUCUCACUUGAAAGUUUCCCUAAUCCACAGACUCAAGCCCUAGAAGUAUGUACUAAAUAAUUAUAGCAUCAGUUGAAAAUAUCGCAAAGAGGUUUCAUUUGAAUGGUCACAACAUAGGAUGACGUCCACGGACACCAAAGUCAGAACUACAUACUAAAUGAAUAGUACCAUGUGAAAGUGCAGCUGAAAAGUUUCAUUUCAAUGGUAACACCAUACUGAUAGACAUGAAAGUUAGUACUACAUACUAAGUAAAUGUACCAUGUGAAAGUACUGCUGAAGAGGUUUCAUUUGAAUGGUAACACCAUAGGAUUUCGUCCACAGACUUAAAAGUUAAAAUUACAUACUAAAUAAAUAGUACCAUGUGAAAGUACUGCUGAAGAGGUGCGUACAUGCGUAACACCGUGACAACAGCGCGCAGCCCUCAAAUAAAAUAACAGAUUCUCCAAAUAAACAAGUCUUUAAACUACUAAGGAGUAUCUCUCAACGAUCAAUAAACGAAUCAGUUCAAAGUACAGAAAUAGGUUGAAUUCGGAAAGCAUAUGAUCGGAUUCUUUUUUGUUAUUUGUUGUUGUUGGUGAUGUUGAUGUUGUUGUUUCUGAAGUACAUUAGUGCACCAGAGCCAGCUUGUGCACGGGCUAAUGUAUACUAUGCUGGGGUUAAAAGCAAAUCCUUUUAAUUCCUCCAUUUUCCUAUUUUGUUAGCUGUUGUAGAGUGCAUUCCUUUCCUCAACAGAACCAGCAAAUAGCAUAUUCAGCUCAAAUGUACAUUUAUUUUCCAGAUUUGUUGAAAUUGCUGCUUGUCAUUACAGUCAUUUGUCAGCCGCUAUGACUGCUACUGGAAAGGUCUGUAUUCAGUGAAAAAAUCAAAUAAGAGGGUGAAAAUGUCAGGUAACUUUGUAUAUUGCCAGUCUGUUUUUUUAGCUUACUGGCUUAUAGCCAGUAACGCUUUGUGCUAUCGUCUGCGUGAGAAUGAAUGAAUGAAUGAGAAUGAUGGCAAGAUCAUUUCUAUUGGAAGGGACUGGGUGGAUACCUGUUGUAUCCCAUUUUUCUUUAAUCUGUAUUAUAAAGCGUUGUUUUGACAAAGAGGAAUUUGAUGAGGUUAAAUAGUAUAUUAUCCACCGUUAUUUUAAAAACGCAAAGUGUUCGUGGAAAAAAAUAGCGGUCUCCUCAAUUAGUACUAGCUUCUUGUUAAAUAGAUUGUCACUUAAAUAAAGAGUUUUUUAAUUAUAUUUUUCUAUAUACGAUUUCUUUUGCUUAUUUAAGUAAACAGAUGUUAUUAUCGUAGGUUUACAUGUGGGGCCAGUGUCGUGGUCAAGCCGUAACAAGUCCAAUGGAAACAAAGUUCACCAAAGUUGAUAGCAUAUUCGCUUGUUUUGCUUCUCCUCCGUCAAUGUUCAGACCUCUCAUAGUAGGUUAGUUACCAGACUGCUUGGCAAUCAAUUGUCCUGAUUUCAGCACUUGGGAACUUAAUUAAGCAAAGGCGUUUUUGAGCCACACACGUCAACCGGAAGUGACUUUUUACAUUCCUGAGCAGUGGUUUUGCAAGAAUUUUCAGUUAAAUCGUCUCUACAAGUGUAAAGAAACUAAGCAAUACAAAUUUUAAAUGCCUAGUGACCUAUCUUUCGCGCGAUGUCGCGUUGUUAAGGACGUGCAAUGUCACUUCCGGUGGAUGUAGUCAUCAAGUUUAGUCAACGCCACUCGCAGCUAAUAAGUGGCGUUUGUUCUAAGUUAGUAAACCAACUUUCUAGAGUAUGUCGUUGAUAGUAGUCUCUAGAAUACGUGAUACGACUGUUUACCUGUGACAUGAUACAAUUCACCUCAUGUAAGUCUCAGUUUCUCGUUUUUUCGAUCCUUUUUAGUCCCUACUAUCUCAGGGAGCCUGGAAUUUACUAAGUUUCUCUAAGCACUGCAUUCCAUGCGAUUCUACAAGUGUAAAAGGUGUCCAGCAAAUCCUUCUAAAUCAGAGAUUUGGCCUAACUCCUUUAGUUGGUUUAUUAUUGGGCCAUUCCACUGAGAGGGAUAUCCUGUCUCUAAUUAGACAGCUUUAGAUUCUGAGACGAGGACGACUACAGUACGAGUACGAGAUUUUCUCAAUAUUGAGUAUUGCUCACGCGUGAACCAGCAUCAUUUUGGCGGGAAAACGUGAUAGCCGUCGUCAUUCUACUACGAGUUUUAGCGAGAAUGUCGUAGUGGCGGAAACAAGUUAUCAAAUGUUAGAAGUUUUAUCAUUUAUUUUGCUAUCGGGAGAGGGCUUAACCUCCUUCAGUAUAAAUAACCGUGCUAACUUUUUUGGUGAGAGAUUACGCGCAAUAACUUUAAGUUAAAUUUUGUACUCGUACUCGUUCUCAAAUCUAAAGCUCUCUAAAGCAUUUAUGGCCUUCCCAGCCACUCACUCCCCUCUCACUUGUUUUUAGAUCAGGUGCAAGAAAAGAGAGUGGAACAAAGUGUUAAAGAUGCAUUUAAUGACCAGGUACCGGUGUAAAAUGUCUAGCAUUCCGUAACCGCGGUUGUUCUAAAGCUAGAAAGUGCUACCCAGUAGAAAUAUCCGGGCUAUAAUUGACAUUGCCCUCUCACCUCACGGGGCUUUUCUGGGAUAAUGAAACAAAUGAUUUAAAUGGAACAUAACGAGGUUGAAGAAUCCCACCUGGUAGGAGGUGAACUAGUUGGCUAUUUUGUAAGCGUAGCCGAGGAUUUGAACUCGGGCCGGCUCUAACCGUUCGGCCACUCUGCUUCUUACUUAGUGGAUACGUAUUUGAGAAACCAAUCGUGCUAUCCUGUGGAUGGACAUUUAUCCGGCGGAUAAUCUUAUUCAGCUUUUGAACAAUUAGAGGCAGAAAGUAGGCCGGCAGUUGCCUAAAUGUUUGUGCAUACAAACUAGUGUCAUCAAAUUUAACGCGUCACUAAGUGAAUUUCACCCAUGAGAGCAAUGAAAUCAUGGAAAAUUGAAUCUUUGACCGAAUAAAAUGAAAUGCUGUCUCGAAGAAAUUGACUCACGAUCAUCCCCCCUCCCUGAUAUUUCCUUGUCGACCAAUUUUCAUGAAGUUGUGAAAUUUUAAUUUUCCAUGAUCGGUGUAUUUGGUAGAAACGCAGACGGUUUUUUUUUAGUCGCAGUUUCUCUCCACCCGAAAAGUAAGCCUUCACGCCCGAGCCACCAAACGAUUCCUGUGACGGAGAGAAGCCACAAUCCUUAUUUAGUGUGCCGUAAUUUGAAAUUGUCGUUGAAAGGUGAUAAAAGUUUGGAAUGCAAAAGGUGGACGAACACUGUCAAACAAUCCCCUUGUCUUUCCAUCUUUCACGUUUUUUUUCUUCAGGAAACAAGCGAUUUAACAUUUAUGAUUGAAGGAAAACCAGUGUACGUUCACAAGGCCAUGUUGAAAAUAAGGUAGUGGCACCUUACCAGCUUUAUUGAUUUAUGUAUUCCAUAGUAAAGCGUUAUUUAAAUACAAUUCCCCUUGUGUGUACUUUCUUUUAACAUUCUAAUUUUCAUAUGCCUUCGACACGACGGACGUUUCGCAGAGAACUUGCAAGCAAGCAAGCAUUGCGCUGCUUUGUGCGAACAAAGUGCUUUUUGAUAAAGAUAUGAUGAUUAAUUUUGAGCCUGGUGAAUACAUGAGAAGUAUGUUUUUUCAGUCAGUGACAGGGGGGUUGGCGGGGCUUAAUAGAGACAAGGGGCUUAAAGAUGCGACCUUACAACUGCACAUCGCGCAUUGGUAAGGAUGGCUAGCCUGUGGUCGAAUCCUGAACAGGGUGGGGAAGCGGACGGGAGUGGGGGUUAAUUCUGCGCCAACAUGUUCUCAAGUUGCGUAAUUUGUUACAUAUCAUUAAAACAACUCAUUUUCAACAGGUGUGAACACUUCCGUAGCAUGUUCCAGUCACACUGGGGUGAAGACGACAAGGAGUAAGUCUGACUAUUUAGGGUUAAGAAAUUCAAAAGCUCUUUGAUUUCUCGUAAUUCAUCCUGCCUGAAAUCUUUUCUGUAUUCCCGUAAAUAUCAGCAUCAACUCAAGGCUUGUGUUGACAAAAUACAGUGACUUAUAUGAAAUUAUCCAGUCGAGUCUCAACCUCAUUUCUUUGCGUUUGCUCACUGGAGCUAAAUGUAGGAAAGAGCUAUAUGGAUCAUAUGGACCACUUAGGCCCUUACCAUGGAGCGAAGGGGACUGGGGAAAGAAGAGAGACCUUUCCCAGUCAAAACCUAAGAAAGGAGAGAGAUGAAUGUUUAAGGGCUUCUAUUUGCAGGCUGAAAAGACUUCUAAAUGUCUUAAGGGAACAGAAUGUCUCUCUACCAACAUUCUGGAAAGUCAUUGUCGUUUCCCAGGGGAACUUUUUAUUUAAGCUUCUUUGCGAAGAGAGAUGAGAAAUGACGAUCAAAGCCUUUCUUAUUAUAUCUUUUCCACAGUCAGUGGCUUAUUGUUGAAAGAGAUAUUUGUGUGUUCUAAUUACAUUUUGUAUAUUUUUCUUUUCACCUUCUUUCAGUGUGAUAGAAGUCACUCAGUUCAGUUACCCCGUGUAUCGUGCUUUCCUGCAGUAUCUAUAUACUGAUCAUGUACAUCUUCAACCAGAGGACGCUAUUGGUAAGUUGUAUUAAACAUUUAUGUAAAGUUACAAAUCAUGCUCACUGUUGUGAAGCGGUAGUUUUAAAAAAAAUAGCAUCUACAAUCGUAGCUACAAAACAAAAGGCAAAUGAUCGGAACUGUAAAAAAAAGUACUCGUUGUCUCUGUCAUGCGAAAAAAUUAACAACCACUGGCUGAGCUUGCCAAGCACACAGCGGGAAAAAAGGCACACUACAUAAAACCGGUGAGAAGGCUUUCUAUUUCCAAAUUUUGACAAUGAGGUGACGAAAUUAUCUUUGAAGAAGGGCUGAGCUUAAGGACAGAAGAAAACAUUAAACAUUGUAGGGACAAGCCACACGGGCUUUAGUAGAAUUUCUGAUAGUUGCCCUGCCGACAGCUGACUCUUAUUACACGCCGCUUGCCUAAUCCCUAGUCCUCAUUAUUCCGCGCGGCCAAUUCAUUUCGGGUUACGUGAUGAGAUGAGCUGUGUUUCCCGCCCGUUCGCCUUGGAUACGCUCUUUUCUCCAACCACGUUCCCAGGGCGUUUCCUUUAAAACAUGGGGGAGGGGAGGGGCGACUCUUUUCCCACCGCUCUCAUUUUCUAAGGGAAAAGCCCUGAGGACCAGAUUGACUUUGCUUUGCUGGUUGAGCUUCCCUUGGUCCGUGCAAUCUGUCGAUCUCGUGUUUUCCUAACAUCUCCGAGGCGAGAGAGAGAGUGCCGACGGCAAAAACGAUUAAAGACGCCUGCACGUUUUGUGCAUUCACACCUCCGAGAGAAGAGAAAUAAUGAAAACGCGCUUUUGUAUAUGCUUUGAGCUAGUGGAAGUUUUUUUAAAGAUUCUUUCAGCUACUUCAUUUUCUUGCAGGACUACUCGACUUGGCUAAUUCCUACUGUGAGACACAGCUCAAACGCCUCUGCGAACGAAUUAUAAAACAAGGCAUCACCGUGGACAAUGCCGCCAUGUUGCUUGCGGCGGCACUCAAAUACGAGGCUGUGGUAAGAAAUAAACUAAGGAUCCUCUUUCACGAAGGUCAUGUUAAUCUCCUUUAGCACUGAAGCUGUGCUGAGCCCGGGUUUGGGGGUGGGGGUGGCCGGGGGUUACUCAUCCAAUUGUAUACGGGGUGGCUCCGCCCCGAGGUCCAACUCCCUACCCAGGUAUAUACCAUUUUUGACAGAACAGUUACCCCCCCCCCCCUGCUCGCAGAUUCCGUAGCAGUUAAGCGUUAGUCGAUUUCUAUUUCUUUUCUUUCUAGGAUCUGGAAGAAUUCUGCUUCAAGUUCUGUGUCAAUCACCUGACGGCAGUCACGCAAACUGAAGCCUUUAAUCAACUGGAUGAGACAACAGUUAAGGAGUUUAUUCAAAAAGCUGCUAAGUGGGGUGCCUUUAGAUACUAA